AUGGGAUUGUUAUGGAUUAUUAUUGGUAUUAUCAUUGUUAUUUUGAUGAUAACUAUUCCAGUCGUGAUUAGUAAAAAAGAAACAGCAGACAUAACAAAACUAUCAACUGUGACAACAAAAACAACAAAAAUGACAACUCAUGAAUUAACAACAACAGUGGCCAACCCGACGACACAAGUACAAAGCAAACCAAAAUAUAAGAAAUGGAAACAACAUGGAAUUACUAUUGCUGGAGGAAAUGGAGGCGGAGAUCAAUUAAAUCAACUCUUCUUUCCUAGUGCGAUUUCUAUCGAUGAUAAAAAAGCUAUUGUGAUUGUUGAUUAUCACAAUCAUCGUAUUGUUGAAUGGAAAUAUAAGUCGAAUAAUGGUGAAGUUAUUGUAGGCGUAAACGAAGAAGGGAAUAGCCUGAAUCGACUCGUUAAUCCAAUCGAUGUAGUUCUUGACAAAGAGAAGAACGCAAUAAUCAUAUGUGAUACGGGGAACAAACGAGUAGUGCGAUUGUUUCGUCAAAGUCAAACAAAUCCACAAAUUCUUAUUUCUAAUAUUUCCUGUAACGGUGUAGCAAUAGACAAAGAUGGGUCUGUUUAUGUUUCUGAUUGGAUGAGGUUGGACGUAAGACGAUGGAAAGAAGGAGACACAGACGGAACACUAAUUGCAGGUGGAAAUGGCCAAGGAAGUCAUCUAAAUCAAUUCAAUUAUCCUGGCAGUGUCUUCGUUGAUGAAGAUUAUUCUGUUUACAUAUCGGAUCAACAAAACCAUCGUAUAAUGAAAUGGAAAAAAGAUGCACAAGAAGGAAUUAUUGUUGCUGGUGGAAAUGGAAGAGGUGAUCAUCUCAAUCAAUUAGUUCAACCUUAUGCGGUGAUUAUUGAUAAUUUGGACCAAAUGAUUAUUGCAGACUGUGGAAAUCAUCGAGUUAUGAGUUGGCGUGAGGGAGAUAUAAACGGUUCAAUUGUUAUUGGUGUAAAUGGUUAUGGAGAUGAAUCAAAUCGAUUAAAUUCACCUAAAGAUGUAUCAUUUGAUGUUGAUGGAAAUCUUUAUGUUGCUGAUACUUUUAAUUCUCGAAUUCAAAAAUAUGAACUAUGUCCUGAAUAA